AUGAAUAAGGACCUGAGGCUUAUUUCCUAUAUGACCUACCUGCCCACUUCCAGGCAGGACAUAGGAGGAAGAGGAGCAGCUCCAAAAGCUGUGGUUCUUCUCCACCCUCCAUGGUCCGUGGCCUUCAAAGGAGAGACAGUGGAGCUCACAUGCCAAGGACCUGACUCCCCAUCUUUGGGAGACACAUAUUGGUAUCAUAAGGAGAAUUUGUUGAAAAUGAAAUCUGAAACAAUCAAAAUAAAACAUUCUGGAGAGUACCAGUGCAAGACUAGAGGAUCCUCUCUCAGUGACCCCGUGAAUGUAGUCUUUUCUUCUGAUUGGCUGAUCCUCCAGGCUUCACAACCCGUAUUUGAAGGAGAUGAUGUGUAUCUGAGAUGCCGGGGGAGAAAGGACUAUAAAAUUCUUGAAAGGUCUUACUACAAAGAUGAAGAAGAACUUGAUCAGUAUAAAAAUGUAGAUGCCAUCACAUUAUAUUCUAUCUCUAUGGACAAUGGUGAAUAUCAUUGUACUGCUUCUGGGAUAACCGUUUUGAGAUGGACAGAACAUUCAAAUCAUCUAAGGAUCCAAGUUCAUGAGUUGUUUCCACCUCCUAAGCUGAGAGCCAUACCCUCCAAUCCCAUUGAGGGGAGCCCCGUGGCCCUGAAAUGUGAGACUUGGAUCCAUCCACAGAGGUCACACACCCAACUUCAAUUCUGCUUCUUCAGAGGAGAUCAGAUCCUGGGAGAAGGCUGGAGCACAUCCCCACAGCUCCAGAUCCCCACCAUGUGGAAUGAAAAUUCAAGAUCUUACUGGUGUAUGGCACAGACAGACAGGAUAAAAAAGAGGAGCUCCCUAUCUCAGAUUCCUGUGCAGAGAAUUCCUGUGUCUGAUGUGAAUCUAGAGAUCCGGCCCCCUGGGGGACAAGUGAUUGAAGGGGAAGAUCUGGUCCUUAUCUGUUCCGUAGCCAAGGGUACAGGUACUAUCACAUUUUCCUGGUACAAGGAGGGUACAGUAAAUCUAGGAAGAAAGACCACGCGUUCCUUGUGGGCAGAACUGCCAGUACCCAAUGUGAAGGAAUGUGAUACCGGCAAAUACUACUGUACAGCUGACAACGUUCAUGGCCCCAUCCUCAGCAAGUGGAUUGUAGUCACCGUGAUAGUUCCAGUGUCUCAGCCAGUCCUCACCCUCUGGACUCCCAGGGCCCAGCCUGUAGUGGGGGACAUGGUAGAGCUUCACUGUGAGGCCCAGAGAGGCUCACCCCCAAUCCUGUACAAGUUUUAUCAGGAGGAUGUCACACUGGGGAACAGCUCAGGCCUUUCUGGAGGAGCAUCCCUCAACUUGUCUCUGGCUGCAGAACAUUCUGGGAGCUAUUCUUGUGAAGCUGAGAAUGACCUGAGGGUCCAGCGCAGUCACAAAGUGACACUCAAUAUCAUAAUUCCAGUGUCUCGUCCUGUCCUGACCCUCUGGGAUCCCAAGGCCCAGCCUGUGCCAGGGGAUAUGGUGAAGCUUCACUGUGAGGCACAGAAAGGUUCUCCCCCAAUCCUGUACCAGUUUUAUCAUGAGAAUGUGAGCCUGGGAUACAGCUCAGCCCCCUCUGGAGGAAGAGCAUCCUUCAACUUCUCUGUGACCAUAGAGCAUUCUGGGAACUACUUGUGUGAGGCCAGCAAUGGCCUGGAGGUCCAGCGCAGUGACACAGUGGCACUCAAUGUCAUAGGGUCUUCCAACAAAAGAACAGGCCUUACCACUGCAGAAUUCAGUGGGGAGCCGGUCAUCAUCUUUGGCUUUGCCACUAUUGCUGCUAUUGGUGCUAUUGCUGCUAUGCUGUACUGCUUUAGAACCCAAAGGAAAUCAGGAGGAAUUGCUGCCACUGGAACACCAAGCCAUGCAGUCUCACAGUGUAAGAAGCCUUCCUUGUCAAGGCUUUCUAGCACAGACCUCAAAGAGCCCUCCUAUUCCCAGCCACUAGGCCUAGUGGAGCUGCACCCAGAGUACAGCAACGUAAAUACUGCAGAUUCCAAUCUGGUAUAUUCCCAGGUCUUGAGCAUCCAGGUUGCAAAAGGAAAAUCAGGUGAGAAACUUCCCAGACAAGUAGAGGAACACUCAGUCAUCUAUUCAGAGUUGAAGAAGGCACACCCAAAUGACUCCCCAGAGCAGUCCAACAGUAGAGACAUGGACUACAAAGAAAACUAUGAGAAUGUCCCAUGA